AAGAGAAACUUUAGACAAAAGAAGCUUCACGGUUCAUUUGAAUAUUAUUUAUUUGAACAUUAAAGGAUUCAUGAAUGGGGAGAGGGCAGCACACUUUGAGAAGCUGAAUGUGUGAGUAUAGAAAUGGCUUGGUUGGCCGUGCUAGAUGUUCACCUUAUUUGGGGAGUUCUCUAUAGAACCACGUGUCUGCUUACUCCCUGUGAUUGGCUGAAGCUUGAUUCAGAAUUAAUCAAUUGCAGGAAUGCCUCUAAGUUCAGUUUGGGUUUGCUUAUAUUAGGGCUAUAGAAACAACUGCAGGCAAGUGGCCUUUUGCUUAUGUUUCUUUUAACAAGUAAAACCCAAUUAUCACAUAUAAUGCAAAGUUUGGAACUCUGCAACUAUGACAGAUACAUAGAAAAGAGCUUCUGUUGCUCCCAACUAUUAUAAAUGAUCUUGUAGCUAUGGCGUUUACUAAGAGAAAUCAAAUAGAAGUCUUUUAGCUUUUUUUUUUUCUCUUAGAGAUAGAGUCUCUGUCCAUUGCCCAGGCUGGCGCCCAGUGGCUGUUCGUAGGCAUGAUCAUAGCUCACUGCAGCCUUGAGCUCUUGGGCUCAAGUGGUCCUCCUGCCCAGCCUCCUGCAUAGCUGAGACUAUAGGUGUGCACCACCAAGCCCAGGUUUAGAAACCAAUUUUAAUAAUCCCGCUGACAGACAACAGGGAAUUGGGGGAGUUUGGCCAACUUUUUAUUUUUCAGUUUGCCACAAAACAGGUAAGCAUGGAGGUGAUGGCUGUCUCUAUUCAGGACAACGUUGGACAAAUUGGCCUCUAUUCACUAAUGGAAUAUUUUGAUAAUGGACUGUCCUAUGGUGUUAUUAGUGGUUGUUUUAGACAGUUCUUUAUUCCUCAUCUUUCACCUUCACUGAAGUGUGUCUGCAACUACAGGGUGCACAUGAAAUACGCAUGCUUCAUGCUUCACCAGUUUUGUUUCCCAGCUAAUAAAUUCAGGGCUCUACAGAGAUUAAAGUUAUGAGCUGAGUGUGGUGCAUGUGCCUAUAGUCCCAGCUUCUUGGGAGGCUGAAGAGGGAGAACUGUUUGAGGCCAAGAAUUUGAGGUUGUAGUGAGCUAUGUUACAUCACUACAUUCUAGCCUGGGUGAGAGAGUGAGACCCCAUCUCUGGGAAAAAAAAAAAAAGAUUUAGAUUGACCACAUGAAUUGGUUAAAAUUGCUAGCAAUAAAACAGCAACUUGAAGUACUGUAAAAAAGAAAAAAUGGCGACAUCUUUUGGAACAUUAAAAAAAAAAUCAGUUUCACAUAGAGAGGGUUUUUGGAAUUGGUAUUUACCUUGUGUCUGAUGCCCAUGUGGUUAAAGAGGGGGUGAAGGCAAGUGUUGUAUUCUAAACCUGGGUCCUAUAAUAGGAAGCAAUCUGAAGUUAAUGCAGUUUUUUCCCUGACCCCAAAUUAAUAUUUUCUCAUUGUAGAAAAUCUGAUAAAUUCUGAAAAGAAUAAAGAAGAUAAUGUCAACCACAAUCUCACCAUCUACAGACAAUACCACUGUUUGGAAUCAUGUCAUCGGAUUCUGCAGACCCUUUCUACUGGAUGAGAGUUAUUCUUGCAUCCAACAGAGGAACUUUAAUGGAACUGGGUAUCUCCCCAAUUGUAACAUCUGGUUUGAUUAUGCAGUUGUUAGCUGGAGCCAAAAUCAUUGAAGUUGGAGAUACACCCAAAGACAGAGCUUUAUUCAAUGGAGCCCAGAAACUAUUUGGUAUGAUCAUCACCAUUGGGCAAGCCAUUGUGUAUGUGAUGACGGGGAUGUACGGGGACCCUGCAGAGAUGGGCGCUGGCAUCUGUCUCCUUAUCAUUAUUCAGUUGUUUGUUGCUGGUUUGAUUGUGCUGCUGUUAGAUGAGCUGCUACAGAAGGGUUACGGCUUGGGGUCUGGUAUUUCCCUCUUUAUUGCCACCAACAUCUGUGAGACCAUUGUCUGGAAGGCCUUUAGUCCCACUACCAUUAACACUGGCAGAGGUACCGAGUUUGAGGGUGCUGUCAUAGCUCUGUUUCAUUUGUUGGCCACCAGGACAGACAAAGUCCGAGCUUUACGGGAAGCUUUUUAUCGGCAGAACUUACCCAAUCUCAUGAACCUCAUUGCUACAGUCUUUGUGUUUGCUGUUGUUAUAUAUUUUCAGGGAUUUCGUGUUGACUUGCCUAUUAAGUCAGCCCGCUAUCGAGGACAGUAUAGCAGCUAUCCCAUUAAACUCUUCUACACCUCGAACAUUCCCAUUAUUCUCCAGUCUGCCUUAGUUUCAAACCUGUAUGUUAUUUCCCAGAUGCUGUCUGUUCGAUUCAGUGGCAACUUUUUAGUAAAUUUACUAGGACAGUGGGCCGACGUCAGUGGGGGAGGACCUGCUCGUUCCUACCCAGUUGGGGGCCUCUGCUACUACCUUUCUCCUCCUGAGUCCAUGGCUGCCAUAUUUGAGGAUCCUGUCCAUGUAGUUGUUUAUAUCAUCUUCAUGUUGGGAUCCUGUGCAUUCUUUUCUAAGACAUGGAUAGAGGUGUCUGGUUCCUCAGCCAAAGAUGUAGCUAAGCAGCUUAAGGAACAGCAGAUGGUAAUGAGGGGUCACAGAGACACCUCUAUGGUUCAUGAGCUUAAUAGGUACAUCCCCACAGCAGCUGCAUUUGGUGGCCUGUGCAUUGGCGCCCUGUCGGUGUUGGCGGACUUCCUGGGGGCCAUUGGAUCUGGCACCGGAAUUCUGCUCGCAGUCACUAUUAUUUAUCAGUAUUUUGAAAUAUUUGUUAAGGAACAAGCUGAAGUUGGCGGGAUGGGUGCUUUGUUUUUCUAAACCUUCAAAUAUUUCUUGGUGUGUGUGUGAAAGGGAAGUAUUUUGACACACUUUUUCAACUAAGGCUGGUGGUUUCCCUUUUUCCCCCCUCAGUUUGUCAAGUGCUGACUGUCCCACUUCAGAAAUGGGCACCGAGCUAAGCCUGUGUGCAGCAUUCGUACCAGCCGCCUUAAAACUAGAGUUUACAUUAUUCGUUAAAAAUGUACAGCUAGUGUUGCCUGUCAUGCUGGAAACCAAUGUAUCUACCUUGCUGUGUUCAGUGACAGUGAGAGGGUCACAUGGAUUAGUUUUGCACACAACAUUCAAAACACUUAGUACUCCCCCCACCUGUUUAAAAAUAAAUGUAGUUCAAAUUGCCA